AUGCCGUCUGUUUCGAAAGCGGCGGCGGCGGCGCUGAGCGGGUCCCCCCCGCAGACGGAGAAGCCGACCCACUACAGGUAUCUAAAGGAGUUUAGGACAGAGCAGUGCGCCCUGUUUGUGCAGCACAAGUGCGCCCAGCACAGGCCAUUUACCUGUUUCCAUUGGCAUUUCCUAAAUCAGCGUCGGCGCAGACCGCUCCGCAGGCGCGACGGCACCUUCAACUACAGCCCGGACGUGUACUGCUCCAAGUACGACGAGGCCAGCGGCGUGUGCCCCGACGGCGACGAGUGCCCGUACCUGCACCGGACGACUGGGGACACCGAGCGCAAGUACCACCUGCGCUACUACAAGACCGGCACCUGCAUCCACGAGACCGACGCCCGCGGCCACUGCGUGAAGAACGGGCUGCACUGCGCCUUCGCCCACGGCCCCCUGGACCUGCGGCCCCCGGUGUGCGACAUCCGGGAGCUGCAGGCCCAGGAAGCCUUGCAGAACGGCCAGCUCGGCGGCGGGGAUGGCAUCCCCGAUCUGCAGCCUGGGGUCUUAGCCAGCCAGGCCAUGAUCGAGAAGAUCCUGGGCGAGGACCCCCGGUGGCAAGACACCAACUUCGUGCUGGGCAGCUACAAGACUGAGCAGUGCCCGAAGCCUCCACGCCUCUGUCGCCAGGGCUACGCGUGUCCCCACUACCACAACAGCAGGGACCGGCGGCGGAACCCCAGGAGGUUCCAGUACAGGUCCACUCCAUGCCCCAGCGUGAAGCAUGGCGAUGAGUGGGGUGAGCCCUCGAGGUGCGACAGCGGAGACGGCUGUCAGUACUGCCAUUCCCGCACGGAGCAGCAGUUCCACCCGGAGAUCUACAAGUCCACAAAGUGCAACGACAUGCGCCAAACUGGCUACUGCCCUCGUGGUCCUUUCUGCGCCUUCGCACACGUGGAGAAGAACCUGGGGAUGGCCAACGACUGGGGCUGCCGAGAUCUCAUGCCCACCAGCAGCUCUGCGGCCAGCAGCGGCCCGCCCGGAAACGCGAAGUGGAGGGACUCCCCUGCUGAGGGCAGCCAGAAAGCCAGUGAGCACGACAGUAAGCAGAACCACCUGGCGGUGUUCACAGUGGUUCACCCGCUUGCUCCCAGCGUGAGCUCCAGCGUGGCAUCCAGCCUGGCGUCCAGUGCGGGUUCCAGCGGCUCCUCCCCCACUGCUCUGCCCAUUCUCUCGGCCCGUGCCCACCCAUUGGACCCCACUGGCAGUGCCCUCGAGGCCAUCCCAGGUUCUGCCUUAGAUCUCCAUCUUAGUGAUGUAAGCCUCGCUCCCCUGGAUAAGGAGCUGGACGAGCAGGACGGAAGUGAGCUGGGACCCACAGGUCAGAGGUCGCUGGGGGGCUCAGAGCCCGUCACCAUUCCUGGCUGCCUGGCCCGCUCCCCAUCCCUGCAAUCCUCGUCAUCCCUGUCCACCUCCCCGCUCAGCUCGCUCUCCCAGUCCCUGUCGGGGCCUCUUGUCUCCUCGGCCAUGACGCCCCCCCAGCAGCCGCCACCCCUCAAGUCGGAGCCCAGGGUGCUGGGCUCCUCGGCCUCGUCCUACAACUCCCUAGGUUUGAAUGGCGUCCCUGGGAGCAUCUGGGACUUCGUUUCCGGCAGCUUCUCUCCCAGCCCGUCCCCCAUUCUGAAUGCCGGCCCCACAUCCACUGCAAGUGCAAGUCCGAAUGGCGCCGAACUGGCGCGGGUCAGGCGGCAGCUGGACGAGGCCAAGAGGAAGAUCAGGCAGUGGGAGGAGUCCUGGCAGCAAGUGAAGCAGGCCUGUGACGCAUGGCAGCGGGAAGCCAAGGAGGCGAAGGAGCGUGCGCUGGCCGCGGACAGUGCCCGGCAGCUGGCACUGCAGAAGAAGGAGGAGGUGGAGGCCCAGUUCAGGCAGCUGCAGGAGGAGCUGGAAGGCCGGGGCAUGUCCACACUGCCAGGGCUGCGAGGCUGCAGCGACAUCGGUGCCAUCUCGCUGCCCAAGCUACAGUCGCUGCAGAGCCAGCUCCGCCUAGACUUGGAGGCGGUGGACGGGGUGAUCUUCCAGCUCAGAGCGAAACAGUGCGUGGUGUGCGGAGAGCCGGCCCGCGGCGCCGUCCUGCAGCCCUGCCAGCACCGUGUGCUCUGUGAGCCGUGUGUGGCCAGUGCGCCCGAGUGCCCCUACUGCGAGGGUCAGCCCCUCCCGUGGUGA